UCGGAUUCGGAUAAAACAGAAAAAACCUCUCAAUUCACAAUGUCCUGUGAUUGCCUGUUCACACACUCAAUUCAACCAUCAAAAACCCCGAUUUCAUAAAACCCUUUUGCCCAUUUCACUCAAAAAAUGAGCACAAAGUGUCACAUUCUCAGGGUAAGUCUUCAAAAUAAAAAACCCAUAAUUUGAUAAACCCUAGUGCCCAAUUCAGCUGAAACAAUGACCUCCAUUGGUAUUCUAUCAAUUCCUAAGCUACACCACUCCAAACCCAACACCCACCUUAAAAGACCACACACAAUUCUCAGUCACUCCAAUGGUUUGAGUUUCACUAGAAGAAAUCGAGUUCAUUCACCUUUGUUUCUUAGUUCAUUCACAGUCUUUUGUAAGUCCAACUCAGAGUCCUCCUCACAGCCUGGUGAGACUAGUGAAACCACAAAAGAUGAUUUUGUGACCAGGGUUUUGAAGGAGAACCCAAGCCAGGUUGAGCCCAAGUACCUAAGAGGCAACAAAUUGUACACUUUGAAAGAAAAAGAGGAUUUGGGCAAGAGUUCCAAUGAGGGUGUUAUUGAAUUCGUGGCAAAAAGGUUGAAUUUGAGGUCGAAAGCGAAGAAAGAGGGCAUAGAGGGUGGGAAUGAGAGUGGAGUGGUGGAUGAAGCUGUGUAUUUGAAGGAUAUUUUGAGGGAGUAUAGAGGGAAGCUCUAUGUGCCUGAGCAAAUUUUCGGGACCCAGUUAUCAGAAGAAGAGGAAUUCGAUAAGAAUUUGGAGGAGUUGCCGAGAAUGAGCUUUGAGGAGUUUCAGAAAGCAAUGAAGAAUGAUAAAAUUAAGUUAUUGACUUUGAAGGAGGAUAACAGCGUAUUGUAUAUUAAUGGGUAUAGGGAAUUUAUUGUGGAGUUGAAAGAGAUACCGGGUGACAAGAGGUUGCAUAGAACAAAAUGGGCCAUGAGACUGAAUGAGAAUGAAGCUCAAGCUCUUUUGGAGGAGUACACAGGUCCACGAUAUGAAAUUGAGAGACAUACUAUGUCUUGGGUGGGAAAAGUACCAGAGUACCCUCAUCCAGUGGCAUCUUCCAUAUCUAGCAGAAUGAUGGUAGAGCUUGGAGUUGUGACAGCUGUGAUGGCUGCUGCAGGAAUUGUCGUAGGAGGUUUCCUGGCAUCGGCUGUGUUUGCUGUAACCAGUUUCAUCUUUGUGGUGACUGCAUAUGUUGUGUGGCCUGUAGUCAAACCCUUUCUAAAGCUUUUUCUUGGUCUCAUAUUUGGAGUUUUGGAGAGAGUUUGGGAUAAUCUUGUUGAUCUAUUCAGUGAUGGAGGAAUUUUCUCCAAGAUCAGUGAAUUUUACACUUUUGGUGGUGUGUCUGCCAGCCUUGAGAUGGCAAAACCAAUUCUGCUUGUCCUUUUGACUAUGGUUCUUCUUGUUCGUUUCACACUUUCGAGAAGACCUAAGAACUUCAGGAAGUGGGAUCUGUGGCAAGGGAUUGAUUUUUCACGAUCUAAAGCAGAAGCUCGCGUUGACGGUUCUACAGGAGUAAAGUUUGGUGAUGUGGCUGGGAUAGAUGAAGCGGUAGAGGAACUCCAAGAGUUGGUGAGGUACUUGAAGAACCCAGAUCUGUUUGAUAAAAUGGGGAUAAAACCUCCACAUGGAGUUCUUUUGGAAGGCCCUCCUGGAUGUGGCAAGACCCUGGUUGCAAAGGCCAUAGCUGGCGAAGCUGGUGUUCCAUUUUACCAAAUGGCUGGAUCUGAAUUUGUUGAAGUUUUAGUUGGUGUUGGUUCUGCUCGUAUCAGGGAUCUAUUUAAAAGAGCCAAGGUGAACAAACCAUCAGUUAUAUUCAUUGAUGAAAUUGACGCAUUGGCAACUAGGCGUCAAGGAAUUUUCAAGGAAUCUACCGACCACCUGUAUAAUGCAGCCACUCAAGAGAGGGAAACAACAUUGAACCAGCUCUUGAUAGAGCUUGAUGGGUUCGAUACUGGAAAAGGAGUGAUAUUUUUAGCAGCUACAAAUCGUAGGGAUUUGUUAGAUCCUGCACUUCUUCGACCUGGUCGUUUUGAUCGCAAGAUAAGAAUUCGCCCUCCUAGUGCAAAAGGGAGGACGGAGAUUCUGAAGAUUCAUGCAAGCAAAGUGAAAAUGUCAGAGACUGUUGAUUUAUCCGUCUAUGCUCAGAACCUACCUGGAUGGACGGGAGCAAAGUUGGCUCAGCUGGUCCAAGAGGCUGCUCUUGUGGCAGUUAGGAAAGGGCAUCGGUCAAUUCUUCAGUCGGACAUGGAUGAUGCAGUAGACAGACUUACAGUGGGACCUAAACGUGUUGGAAUAGAAUUGGGUCAUCAGGGACAAUGUCGUAGGGCUACUACUGAAGUGGGAGUCGCAAUGACUUCCCAUCUGCUCCGGCGAUAUGAGAAUGCAAAAGUUGAAUGCUGUGAUCGCAUUUCAAUUGUGCCUCGUGCACUGGUUAUUCACAGAGAUGAAAGUUAUCCAGAGACAUUGUCUCAACUUGUAUUUAAUCGACUUGAUGACGAAUCAUACAUGUUUGAACGCCGGCCUCAAUUGCUGCAUCGCCUUCAGGUAUUACUUGGAGGGAGGGCUGCUGAAGAGGUCAUUUAUGGACGGGACACGUCUAUGGCAUCAGUCGGCUACCUUGCAGAUGCAUCCUGGCUUGCCCGUCCUUUCUUCCUUUUCAACAGAUGGAACUUGGAGAAUCCAAUGGUCAUACACGGAGAACCACCACCUUGGAGGAAGAACGUUAAAUUUGUAGGCCCAAGGCUGGACUUUGAAGGAUCUCUUUAUGAUGACUAUGGUCUGAUUGAACCUCCAGUCAACUUCAAUUUAGAUGAUCAAGUUGCAGAGAGGACCGAAGGGCUGAUCAGGGACAUGUACGGAAGGACAGUUGAUUUGCUUAGGAGGCACCAUGCAGCUUUGCUCAAAGCUGUGAAGGUUCUUGUUGAUCAGAAGGAAAUAAGUGGGAAAGAAAUUGAUUUCAUCCUGAACAAGUACCCUUCACAAACCCCUAUAAGUCUCCUUUUAGAGGAGGAAAAUCCUGGAAGUCUUCCAUUCAAUAAACAAGAAGAAGAGCAAGAAUUGGAGUAUGCCCUACUAACUCCAUCCAAAGGAGAAACCUAGUGAAUUUGAUGCAAGGUGCAGUUUCAUAUUAGACAUCAACUUGGCCUACCUACUUCAGCUGGAGCAUGCAACAAAGGCUACACCUACACUGGCAGCUUAUUGGGUUGAGAGCAUGAAUUUGACAUGGCAUACACCCAAGAAGGGGGAGAGAGAGAGAGAGAGAGAGAGGCCAUCCUCCAAUUUUGGUGCAUUUAUCAAUAUAACUGUUUAGAUUGAUAUCUACUGUUACAUAUUUCACUCCCAAAAGGUGUUAAUUAUUUAAUGUGAUUCAAAAUUAGCUUACUUUCUGUAGGUAAUUAUAUUAAAGUCCAAUUUAAUUUAAUGGCUUUAUUGUCAA